CGCCCAGUCGCGGAAUGUACCAUGUAACGCCGUUAGGGGCGUGACUGAAUCCUGACAGUACGGUCGGUAGAUACCGCCCAGAGCGGGAGGUGAGUGUAGGUGAGGUUUAUGCUUCCUCCCCGGAGGAUGGGUGGUUGAGUCUCAGAACGAUCACCUCCGGGAUGUGCCUCUGAAGCGAUAUCUGGUCUCGUCGGCGUCUCUGUGUGUUCGGCUAUGGAGCUGUUCCAGGCUAAGGACCACUACAUCCUGCAGAGAGGGGAGAGCGCGCUGUGGUGUAGCCGCCAGGACGGGUCACUGAGCAGCAGAGCGGCUACUGACUUACUGUUGGCCUGGAAUCCAAUCUGCUUGGGCCUGGUCGAAGGGAUUAUUGGGAAGGUUCAGCUUCACACUGAUCUUCCCUGGUGGCUUCUUCUAAUCCGACAGAAGUCCCUGAUUGGAAGCCUUCCCGGUGGCCAUGAGAUCUACAAGAUCAACAAGAUUGCUGCUAUUCCUCUGUCGGCUGCUGAACCUCUGGACUUGGAGCUGGAGCUUUGCAAGAAACAUCAUUUUGGGAUCAACAAGCCGGAGAAGAUCACCCAGUCUCCCGAUGACUCAAAGUUUCUUAUGAAAACUUUCACUCAGAUCAAAUCCAAUGUGUCCGCUCCGGCUAAGAAAAAGUAUCCCUUUAAAGAGAGCAAGGAGAAGGAGAAACUGGAACGGAGGCUGCUGGAGGAACUGUUUAAAAUGUUUAUGGACUCGGACUCCUUCUACUAUAGCUGGACUUAUGACCUGACCUGCUCCGUACAAAGACAGAGCUCCAGAGAAAAGAAUGAGCUCCCACUAUGGCAAACGGUGGAUGACCGGUUCUUUUGGAACAAGCACAUGAUUCAGGAUCUCAUCAAUUUAAAGGAUCCCCAGGGGAGUUUGUGGAUACUGCCCAUAAUUCAGGGAUUUGUACAGAUCGAAGAGCUGGUGGUGAAUUACAACGAGUCUUCGGAUGAUGAGAAAAGCAGCCCCGAGACCCCUCCUCAAGAACCCACCUGUGUGGACGACAUUCACCCACGAUUUAUGGUGGCGCUGAUAUCACGGAGGAGCAGGCACAGAGCAGGAAUGAGGUACAAGCGCCGAGGGGUUGAUAAAAUUGGGCACGUGGCCAACUAUGUGGAAACAGAACAACUCAUCCACGUCCACAACCACACCUUGUCCUUUGUGCAGACCAGGGGGUCGGUGCCAGUGUUCUGGAGCCAGGUCGGAUAUAGGUACAACCCACGCCCGCGACUAGACAAGACUGAGAAAGAAACAAGCCAGUAUUUUGCCCUGCAUUUUAAUCAAGAGCUGGGGGUCUACCAAAAGCAGGUUAUUAUUAACCUGGUGGACCAGGCUGGCAGAGAGAAGAUCAUUGGAGACGCCUACCUGAAGCAAGUUCUAAUGUUCAACAACCCCAACCUCACCUAUGUGACCUUUGACUUUCACGAACACUGCCGUGGAAUGAAAUUUGAGAACGUUCAGACUCUGACAGAUGCAAUUAGCGACAUUAUUGUUGACAUGAAAUGGUGCUGGGUGGAUCAGGCGGGGGUGAUCUGCAAGCAGGAAGGUAUUUUCCGAGUCAACUGUAUGGACUGCUUGGAUCGUACCAAUGUCGUGCAAGCUGCUGUUGCUCGGGUGGUGAUGGAACACCAGCUUAAAAAGUUAGGUGUGAUGCCUCCAGAACAGCCUCUGCCGAUGAAGUGCUAUCGCUUGUACCAGAUCAUGUGGGCGAACAAUGGAGAUUCCAUCAGCAGGCAGUAUGCGGGCACAGCCGCUCUCAAGGGAGACUUCACUCGGACUGGGGAAAGGAAAUUGGCUGGUGUGAUGAAAGAUGGUGUUAACUCUGCAAACAGAUACUACCUGAAUCGCUUUAAGGAUGCAUAUAGGCAGGCUGUGAUUGAUUUGAUGCAGGGGAUCCCUGUGACAGAGGAUCUUUAUUCCAUCUUCACCAAAGAGAAGGAGCAUGAAGCGAUGCACAGGGAGAGUCAAAGGAACCACCAGGAGCUGAUCAGCCAGUUGCUGCAGAACUACAUGCAGAUGCUCCUGCCCGACGACGAGAAGUUCCACGGUGGCUGGGCUCUCAUAGACUGCGAUCCCAGUCUCAUUGAUGCCACUCACAGAGAUGUAGAAGUCCUGCUGCUGCUCUCCAACUGUGCCUAUUAUGUUGCCUACUAUGACGAGGAAAUUGAUAAAGUGAAUCAAUACCAGAGGCUGAGCUUGGAGGACCUGGAGAGAAUAGAAAUUGGCCCUGAACCCACGUUUUUCGGGAAGCCAAAGUUCUCCUGCAUGAGGUUACACUACAAAUACAAAGGGAACAGCGGCUACUUCCACACGCUGAGAGCCGUCCCACGAAAUCCCGAUGAAGACGGGAAAGAUACGCUGCUGUGCAUAGCGGAAAUGCUGCGACUUACCAAACAGGCGCUGGAGCUGGACGUCCCCGUCAUUGAGAAGAAGCUGGAAAGGAAGAGCAGCAAACCCCACGAGGAGAUUAUAGGCAUUCGCUCCAGAAGUCAGAGACUUGGGCUGAACAGCAUGGGCCUGGCGCAGAGUAAAAACUUCCUGAUGAGCAAGUUCUCCUCUCUGAACCAGAAAGUCAAACAGAGCAACAUCGGAAGCCUACGCAAACUGGGGGCCUUCAACAAGCCCGACGGGAAGGGAAUCCUCACCCCAAACCUGCAGGUCAAUGUGUGGAAGUCUGACAGUAGCCUGGACAACCCCGGCUCAGACAUCAAGGGCCGUAUUGAAUCAGACUUGGAUAUUUCAUCGGACAGCGACUCUUUCCAUUCGGACGACUUCCUCCCCAAGUCUGAUGAAGAGGACGGCCAAUUAGCCGGAGCUCUGGAGAAUAUUGGCCCGACUGACUAUGUCCUCCCCAGCUGUGGAAUCAUUGCUUCGGUUCCACGUCUAGGAAGCCGUUCCCACUCUGUCAGCAGCGCUGAUUUUAAUCCCCAUCAUUCCACAGAAAUCCACGUUACUGAAUGUGAAGAGCAGGACACCCCCCCGCAAGCUGAUGUUCUUGUUGACUUUGGGACCCCCAUAGAUGUGUAUUGCCAUCAGUUUGUUCACGAUGCUCAAACCAAAGGCGACCUGAAUGAGUCGCUCAAUAAGGAACCCCAGUUAGACCAAGAAGUAUCGAGCAAUAAUUCCCCAAAAAUUCCAGCGCCGCUGGGAUCAGACACAGAACUGAUCCCCCGACCCUCCCAACUCGAUGUGUCUCAUAACAACACAAGUUCUCAGUUUUUGCCUGUGGAGCCUCCUCAGCUUUCCAAAUCGGGCCGAGCAAGUCCUGCGUCUGCGACUUCCGCUCCUUCCCCAGCGGACAGUAACAAUAGCCGAGCUGUCUCCCCUUUCGCCAAGAUCCGAAGUUCUGUGGCUCAGGUGGCCAAUAUAACGCAAGCCGGCCUGGCUCAGGGUAUUAAUUUCGCUGUUGCGAAAGUUCAGAAGAGCCCAGAACCAAAUACAGCGCCCGAACCCCCUCGAAAUGACUUUAAAGAGCUGUUCACCCAGUGUCAGACACGUAUUAUACAGAUCUGAACGACUCCCCAAAAUCCUGUCCUUAAAAGAAACCUUCUUCCUGCUGCUGUAGCAGUGAUAGGG